CCACGACCAGGUGCAGCCGUAGUUGCCGAGGAACCAAAUCGGCCACGCGCAAACGAGCCAGCGCGGCCCGAGAUUUUUUUAGUUUUUUUGAUCAGUUGGCUUGCAGUUGCAACUGGAACUGGCUGGCGAGCUUUUUCUUUGCAGUCGCGCAAGACCACAUGCUGGAGAUCAGUCGGAUUUCUUUUUGUCGUUGGACCACUUUGAUAUCACCUCCUCGGCGAGGAUUUAUUUACUACCAGCGUAGUAUCAUGGCGUUUCGCGGAAAAGAAAUGCUACUUUUACUUUCUCCAAGCCCACAUGAAAUAAAUCCUAGGGUUGAACUACCCAAACUUACCCGACUCCUACCCACAUAGGUUGAUACUUACGACGUCUCGUUUUCGCUAUAUGAAUUAGAAACGCCUUCGAUGCUUGUGAGUGUAAAUUAAAUAUAAAUUGGCCGUACUAAUAUUCGCAUAAACGAACUUUGUUGCAUACUUUGAUCUUCAGUCUCUACUUGGUUUCUAUCUUCCCGACAGGCACAGGAAUCGAAGAUGGCCACACACUAAAACCCCCCAACGUGUUUUGUUUUAGCUACCCAAGCGAGCAGUGCCACACCAUCCGCACACGUCCUCGUGCCGAUUUUCACGACAGGUUGCGACGACCACGGCCGCAGCCAUUCGUGAUCCUGCUAUACAAACGUGGUGCGGCCCUUGGCCAACCGCCAACGUGACAGAUUGGGGGCCUUUGCGCUCAGUGGUUAUGUGCAAUCGCCGCCCCCCCUUGGAUUUAUACACGCGGUAGAAGCUGCUCCUGGGUCCGCCGGCCUGAGGAAGAACCAAGGAGAAAUAUUAUCCGAUUUCUUUUCCGGGCCAUCGGCGGAAGGAAUUGUUUUCCCCACAGCAAGAACUUCCACCUUUGGGUAGCAGGGGAGUGGUUGUUUCCUGCAACUCCGUUGUUCAACAGCGGUCCUCCGUUGGUCAAAAGCGGUUGCUCCGGUCGUUUCGACGCGCACCACCUCCCGGGAUCGGUCGAAAAAUGGAUCAUCUCGAAGAUACUACAAAUUGAGCCGCGAGGCAUGAUGGGCUACUACAACAAGAAGGCGAUUAUCGAUAGAUAAAUGUGGCCCAGUCAGUACACCUCUGGUGUUACUGGGACGUCGAACCCUUCUCCGCAAGGCAGCAGUAGCAGCUCCACGGGGCCGCGACCUGGCACGAGUCCGAUGGUGGCAAAUACCGCAGCAACCACCCCGGUCAGCCCGCAAAACCGCAAGGCGGUGGAAACGCCGUAUGGGGUGUGGCAGCGGAAACUGAUAACCGAUCCGGAAUGCAUGCCGGUGGCGCACGAUUUGAAAAAUUUCGUCGACCAGGCGGAGGCGAAUAGUAAAGGAUAUUAUUGUUUUUGAAUCAUUCAGGAAAGUUGAUUUUCUUCAUGAGCGUGACAGGUCAUUACGAACAUCGUCGAGGAGGUAAGUACAACUUCUAAAAAAAGCGCAAGCGAUGAAGUAGCAACGAGGUGGGUGGACCUUUUGCCGCAACAAGAAGGGGAAAAUAUCCAUGAACUCCACACGACAGAUGUCUUCGAGAACAAGAGCAAGCAAGAAAAAGCGGACAUACUACACUCAAUGCUGGAUCGGGCGCACAGAAAGCUGAUGCAAACGAAGGCGUUCCGAGACUUGUCAGAGGAUGAAGAAAACGCUAAUUACGACUUUCUAGAGAAAUGGGUACAACUAUAGUGCAGCUUUGACGUUUGAAAAUUAAGUAAGAACUCUCGCCGCGAGAACGAGACGUACAGCGCUGCAACAUUCUUUACCGUUGUUUGGUUUGCCACCGGCGGACUACAACAUCCCUCUUGUGCAACACAGUCGCAGUUCGCAAUUUGUUUGAUCUCUCAAAUCCUUCAUCCUCAGGUGCUCGGCAAAGUCCACGCCUAUACGUUUGGGAAGUCGCGGGAGAUCCGGCAAAAGGAUCGGCGCAUGUACAAGCACAUAAAGUGUUUGCAGUUUCUAGAUCUCCAAGACCUCGAUUUCCCCGACGACUCCAUGCUUUUCAACACCUCGGGCGACAAAUCCACCAGUCCGGAAGUUCUCCUCGAGGACGCCGCGGCCGCGUUCGCGCGCAUAGAAACGGUUCACAAUGUCGUGAAUAAGUUGAUCUGCAUCGACUCUGGGUGCAGAGUAAUUAUGGACGUAAUCCUACCACAGGAAAAAAGUGUCACAGUUGCACAUUUGUUGUAAUUGCAGCAUCACAUCAAAGUUGCUCUGCAUGGCAAAGAGAACUUGUAAUGCGCAGACUAUAAGGGAAAACACGAGUGAGAUGAGGCUGGCAAGCAUUUUCUGCAUAACAAAGCUUGUCUGUCUUGCUGGUCUUGCAUCAGAGUGUCUAACUGUAACACUUUUUCCUUUUGAUAAAUCCAGAAGGUGUGGCAGGAGCGGAAAAACAGCAAAAACGGGAGCAGCGGGCCACAGGUUUGCCAUACUAUUUUUGUCAUGCGCAGCACCGCAUCACUGUGGUUCUCUGUGAUGCUUGUGACAGUAUGAGUAUCUACCAACGCGAUGAUGAUGCAACGAACUCCUGCAGGUAUUUGGCGCCGACGAUUUUAUGCCGUUGCUGAUCUUCACCAUCAUCCGCUCGAACCCCGGCAUAUCCAGUGCAAAUAUGUCUGGGUCUGGAUGAGUGCAGACGUUUGUAGUGCAGGUUUUGCAUGACCCAGAGUGUUUGGCAUGCAGGGACCAGCAUCACAGAUUCAUCGAGGGCCGCUUCGCGAUGCCUACUCUCCAUGAGAAAUCCGCUCUCACCAUGGCCACGAAUAGACAACUAUGCAAGACAAAUUUUUGUGUGAUCUAAAAUGCGCAUCACAAGUUGCAGCCUACAAGACAUAUUUGCAAUGCAUACGGCAACAUGUGGUCCAAUAUCGAGUACAUUGAGACCUACCGCACGCCGUUCCGAAAAGUGGGGCAACAGAAUAUCAUUUGUAAAAACGUCCCCACCCGCCCAGAGUUGUCAUGCAGAUUUGCAAUGACAGGAACAUUUGUAAUGCGCAUCGCCACGAAAGGCAUUUCUAUUCGUGCUUCGGCAUUUGUAAUGCUGUAAACAGGAUAAAAAGAUGGAUUUCUGAUGCGGCUGGUCUUGCCAACCUGCACUACAACACUAGGGACUGCAACUUGUCAUGCGUGAUCCCCAAAAGUUCUAGGUUUGUGUUGCAAAAUCCCCAUCUUGGCUCUGGAGUGGGGAUGUAGUUUUUACUCAGGAUACAGAACUACCACUUCACGGCCUACAGCUCGGCGGCGAAGUUUGUCCAGGAACUGACGGUGGAAAAUUUGGCAAACUGCAGGCUGAAAAUUUCCGAAGAAGACUGUAUCGGAGUGAAAAAAAUGAUCAUACUUGGUUGAGUCAGUUUUCAUCUUGCACGAGUCACACGACAAUAAGGAACGGACGAGCAGAGGAAAGCAGAGCGCUUCAUCGCUCCAAAAAACUGUAUACGUGUUCGCGCUCCACCACGUGGGAGCAUCUUGCAUGACAGUAGAAACAGAAUCGCGUGCCUUCACUGCGGAACAAUUAUAGCGCAUGUGACAAAUUGUAAUUUCAGUUGUAACUGACUCAGCGAUUUUUUCCCAUCGAUUCCCCUCCGAGACAAGUACGCAAGAUUGGAGGAGGCUUACUACGAGGAGGUAUAGAAAAUAGUUCAAUUUGAUACAAAUUUGAAUUUGUUGCCAAGUCGUUCGGUAGCAUGACAAAUCUUUUCCCGCAUGAUCAUGCGACCUACCGCAAUAUCACAAAUCUUUUUCAAAACAGAAGCACAAAGUCGGCGCGACGGUAAAUAACUCUAACGCGAACAAUAAUUCCGCGGCAAACACACCUACGACCACAACUCCCAAGUCUGCCAUGAAGCAGGAUGCCAUAAGCACAACCGUGAACCAGAACAGCGAUAGUAGUAAUCUGCUCGGAAAUAACGGGAACAAUAGUGUCAAUAAUGGCGGUCCAACGUCGAGCGAUAACUCAAGUUCAUUCCAGCCCCACAACCGGCAGAGUCAGCAGCAUCAGCAGCAAAAUCUGCGAGGACAGCAUCAAAGAGAUAGUCAGCAGAACAACAGUGCAAUAUCAAACAGCGAGCCUAUCGUGCACGUGAAUAUACACUUGCAAGUGGAACGGGGUUUUUUAGACGACGUUAGCCUCCGGUUCAUGCGGACGAACAGCAUAGACGACCUAAGAGUCGGCGAGGUAGCUGAAUUAUUGGACGAGUACAAGCGGAUUGCGUCGGUGGUAGCCGAGUUGAAGCAAGCCGUGCUCUCAGACGGAGGGCCAGGAGGGGGGAGCGGGGUGGGAGGCGGUACUAUUUUGAUGUUCGACUGAUUUAUAACAUGUUGCGGUCGAAAGAAAAACAAAAACAAAAGCGGCACACUAGUCGUCUUAUGAUGCUUGUCACGAUGAGUCAUGUCCACGUGUGAGGAUCUUUUGCAUGCAAUAUUAUAGUGGAAAACAUAAUCUUCUUCCAGGUGGGCCGAACGGUAGUGCCUCCGCGAAACAUGUCCAAUUUGCAUCGCCGCGGAGUCUCCAGGCGUCCGGAGAGCAGGGCCGGACGUGACGCAGCUGGAAAUGUCUGCAAAAGCAGCGACGUCCUCGCGACAAACGACUCUCACCACCUUCUAGAGGCGACUACGACAGUUUUAGUACACAAGCAAGGAAUGGGCGACUUUCAAUAGUUUUGGCAAAGCGCAAAAUAGUUGCCAUUUCAGAACACACAAGAUCGACAGGUAGAAACAAUCGGAAUCAUUGUACAUUAUUCCUUUGGACAGAAUAUGGAUGCUGUGAACUUCUACGAGUGAUUCUUCCUCCUAGCGGGGAAGAGCGAAGAAUAAUAAGCGACGAAAAAAUUUCAAAAGUUCUUCAGAUCGAUAAAUUGCGAUUUUCUAGUACAGAUUAAGUACGAAUGAAAGGAAACCUGUUGUUUGUAAACGAAGCUAAGAUUCUUGAUCGUUUGGCAUAGAGUAUGACUAAGAAUACUGAAGGUAAACAAAUGUUUUCAAGUAACUAUCUGGUACGCGGUAGAGCAGUACACCGCGGAAUAAUUAGGCCUUAGUGAUCCAAAGGCCUUCCAGAAUAUGUAUUGAUUAACAGAGCAUCUACUUGGUCCUAACGGGUUUACUUUUGCUUCUUGGAUAUGGAUACUUAAAAAAGCGACAGCAAAAAGCAAAACGCGCGGAACAAAGAUUUCACAAGCGACUAACGGCAUGCAGGAAAAAAUUCGAAAAUUUUCUGCAAAGACACAUCAGAAACACACGAAAACAUCAAAAACCGGCGUGCUAACGUGUGCUGCCUCCAGCUGGUCUUCGAAU